AUGGAUGUUUACAAGAUAAAUAUCAAGAAGGCACCAAGCAAAAAGGAGAUCGAACUUAGACUGCUAGAGCAGGGUAAUGCCCGUAAUGCUGCACCAUCUCAGAGAUCUGUGGCAACAUGGAUAUUGAUGGGGUUGGCAAUUGAGGAGGCUCAAAUUGCAUUGCUCAUCGAGGUCCGAAGAAUUGGAAAACAAACUAUGGAGACACAGAGAUUAGACGUCGCUCAGCAAUGA